ACUGGCCAUCCCGAGAGGUUUGAACACACAGGUAGGGCUCCUUUGUCUUAGGAGUGUGAGGCUGGCAUGGGUCUGCUUCAGUGCAUCGGUGUGGACGAGGCGGCUGGGCUGAGGCAAGGACACGCUACAGCCUGCUGGGGCCUUGGGGCGGGAGGAUGGGCUCGGAGACGUGCGGUUCCCUUUGGGUCCGCUUACCCUGCAGUUGGGUUGGCUUGUGCCCGGGAGGGGAGGUUGCCCUUGGCCUUGAAGGUUUCCCAACUGCGCUGACGUAUGCUCUUUCUCUGUGGCAGCCCUUGGCUUUAAGGUGAAUUUGGCCGCCCGCAUGAUGGUGGCCUACCCGGGGGUGGUGUCCUGUGAUGCAGAGACCUGCGCGGCCUCUCGCCUGCCCAGCUACUGCUUCAGAGCGUUACCAAAGAGAAACUUGAAAGGCGUUAUCAGUCCCACCACUGUCUAUCAAUACGUGGGGACCACCGAGAAGCAACAACGUGACGUGGGCGUUGCCGAGGAGAGGUCACCCUAUGGUCCCUUGCUGGGUCGGGAGGCAGAGAUUGACCGCUUUGAAUUCUGCUUGGAGGCCUAUAAGCAUUUGGAAGAACCACAUGUCCUGGCAUUUGUGGGCAUUCCAGGCUCUGGAAAGAGCCACUUACUUGCCGAGCUGGCCAUUUUAGGCCGGGCUGCUGGGCACAGGGUCAACGCUGUGGAACUGGCAGAGGAGAACUUGAAGCAGCCCUUCUCUGCCAUCCGUCUGCUGGUGGCCAGGGCACUGGGUCUCCAGGCCGGUGAGACUUGCAGUGACAGGCAGCGCGCCCUGCAGACCGUGCUCCAAGGCACAAUAGAAGAGAGCAGCUAUUGCUUGCUCAACGAUGUUUUCUUAGUGGAGUUUCCCAUCACAGACGAGGUGUGCAGGAUGCGUCACACUGAAUGGAACAGUGCGUUCCACCUGACUUGUACGCAAGUGCUACAGAAGGUGCUUGGAGGGGAAUUUGGCAUAUUUUUCGUCGACAAUGCCCACUUUGUGGACUCUGAGUCCUGGUCUAUCGUGUGGCCCCUGCUCCAAAGCAUCACGGUCCUUAUGGUCAUGAGCUUAGCUCCGGGCCAUGCCAGAGCAGAGGACAUUUUCAAAGCUGCCACAGACAGCACAACAUCGGAGAGAAUCACCUGUCUUCGUCUGGAAGGGCUGAAAGCUUCCGACGUGGUGCGGAAAGCCUGCCAGGAGCUUGGAGUGCGCAGCAUCCCCAGGGAGCUGGCAAGGUAA